AUGAAGAUGAACACGAGGUUGCUCAUUGACAAGGAUGUGAAUGUAGCCACGGCUUGUAGCAAGUGGUUGAACCUUCCUUUGUUCAGCCUUAGUGAAGCAUACGACAUGGCUGCAGAAGGGAAAACGUUCCCAUCGUGUGUUAUCAUUGCCGACAUCUUCGACAAGAGGCUGUGGACGGUAAUUGGAUUGAUUGGUCCUGACUUUGGCCUUGUCUCUGCUCCAAGUGAGCCUUGGAGUAGGGCCGGGCGUGGUUCAGGGCUAUCUUCAGUAGAUGGGAAGCUGAUGGUUUUCAUCCCAGAAAUGGCACAGAAAACAGGUAUCAGAUGUUUGGUUGCUGAAAAUGUGGCAGGGAUUGCUAGCCAUUCCCACUACAAGGCCAUGGUGCAUUCAGCCAAAAGAUGUGGAAUGCCAAUCCGGUUCACCUCCAUUGAUGAUUGCUUCCCAGUUAUUCCGGUGCGAAGAGAUAGGUGGCUUGCUACCUUUCUCACAGCGGAGAUCCAAAUUCCCAUGUACCUAUUGGAGUGGAUUUCCAAAGUGAACUUUCCGAAGGUGCAUCCGAAGGACUCCAGCAUUGGAAAUCGGGAUUGUAUCUUCCUCGACAUGAAUGACGAGGAAAGGCAAGAGCUUGUGCCUGAUCAUGCAGCAAUGUUGAAAUUGUCCAAUGCCAAGUACUUGCCAUGCUGGUUGUUUGAGGAUGGUAAGACGGCUUUGGAGUGUCGCGCGCUAGGACCUCAUGAUAUCUUGUCAGACUUGAUGACUAUGUGUGGUCGUCAGCAUUUGUCUGCCGAUGAUUUGCUGUUGAACAAGGGACUUCUCACCACUUUGAUCCGAGAUCAUGAUGGUGUCAGGGAGAUCGAGGCUGCCUGGACGGCUGCGGGUCCACUGCAGGGUUUGCAUCCGACGGCAUCCGUGAAACCAGAUGAUGAACAUGCCCCUCCCCAUGGAGGUGUACCGAUCCCGAGUGGAGAGUCCUUGCUCAAUGCAUCCGCCGUAGGUCCACAGGGUUUGCAUCCGACGGCAUCCGUGACAGCUGAAGAUGAGCAUGCCCCUCCCCAUGGAGGUGUACCGAUCCCGAGUGCGGAGUCCUUGCCCAAUGCAUCCGCCGUAGGUCCACAGGGUUUGCAUCCGACGGCAUCCGUGAAACCAGAGAUGAACAUGUCCACAGGUUUGCAUCCGACGGCAUCCGUGACAGCUGAAGAUGAGCAUGCCCCUCCCCAUGGAGGUGUACCGAUCCCGAGUGCAGAGUCCUUGCUCAAUGCAUCCGCCGUAGGUCCACAGGGUUUGCAUCCGACGGCAUCCGUGACAGCUGAAGAUGAGCAUGCCCCUCCCCAUGGAGGUGUACCGAUCUCGAGUGCAGAGUCCUUGCUCAAUGCAUCCGCAGUAGGUCCACAGGGUUUGCAUCCGACGGCAUCCGUGACAGCUGAAGAUGAGCAUGCCCCUCCCCGUGGAGGUGUACCGAUCCCGAGUGCAGAGUCUUUGCUCAAUGCAUUCGCCGUAGGUCCACAGGGUUUGCAUCCGACGGCAUCCGUGACAGCUGAAGUUAAGCAUGCCCCUCCCCGUGGAGGUGUACCGAUCCCGAGUGCAGAGUCUUUGCUCAAUGCAUCCGCCGUAGGUCCACAGGGUUUGCAUCCGACGGCUUCCGUGAAACCAGGUGAUGAACAUGCCCCUCCCCAUGGAGGUGUACCGAUCCCGAGUGCAGAGUCCUUGCUCAAUGCAUCCGCCGUAGGUCCACAGGGUUUGCAUCCGACGGCAUCCGUGACAGCUGAAGAUGAGCAUGCCCCUCCCCAUGGAGGUGUACCGAUCCCGAGUGCAGAGUCUUUGCUCAAUGCAUUCGCCGUAGGUCCACAGGGUUUGCAUCCGACGGCACCCGUGACAGCUGAAGUUGAGCAUGCCCCUCCCCGUGGAGGUGUACCGAUCCCGAGUGCAGAGUCUUUGCUCAAUGCAUCCACCGUAGGUCCACAGGGUUUGCAUCCGACGGCAUCCGUGACAGCUGAAGAUGAGCAUGCCCCUCCCCAUGGAGGUGUACCGAUCCCGAGUGCAGAGUCUUUGCUCAAUGCAUCUGCCGUAGGUGUACCGAUCCCGAGUGUAGAGUCUUUGCUCAAUGCAUCCGCCGUAGGUCCACAGGGUUUGCAUCCGACUGCAUCCGUGACAGCUGAAGAUGAGCAUGCCCCUCCCCAUGGAGGUGUACCGAUCCCGAGUGCAGAGUCUUUGCUCAUCAAUGCAUUCGCCGUAGGUCCACAGGGUUUGCAUCCUACUGCAUCCGUGACAGCUGAAGAUGAGCAUGCCCCUCCCCAUGGAGGUGUACCGAUCCCGAGUGCAGAGUCUUUGCUCAUCAAUGCAUUCGCCGUAGGUCCACAGGGUUUGCAUCACGCGGCAUCUCUGAAACCUGAAGAUGAACAUGCCCCUCCCCAUGGAGGUGUACCGAUCCCGAGUGCAGAGUUGCUCAAUGCAUCCGCCGUAGGUCCACAGGGUUUGCUUCAUGCGGCGUCCGUGACAGCUGAAGAUGAGCAUGCCCAUGGAGGUGUACCGAUUUCGAGUGCAGAGUCUUUGCUCAAUGCAUCCGCUGUAGGUCCACAGGGUUUGCAUCUGACGGCAUCCGUGACAGCUGAAGAUGAGCAUGCACCUCCCCAUGAAGGUGUCCCGAUCCGAAAUGCUGAGGCUUCGCUCAACGCACCCGCCAAAGGUCCACAGGGUUUGCAUCCGACGGCAUCCGUGAAACCGGAAGAUGAGCAUGCCCCUCCCCAUGGAGGUGUACCGAUCCGCAAUGCUAAGCCUUUGCUCGAUGCAUCCGCUGUAGACCCAUGUGGUUUGCAUCCGACGGCACCCGGAGAACCUGAGAAUAACCAUGCCCCUCCCCAUGGAGGUGAACUGAUCCGAAAUGCUGAAUCAUUGCUCAGUGCAUCCACCGUUGGUCCCGAUGAGGUGCAUCUGACGGCAUCCGUGAAACCGGAAGAUGAACAUGCCCCUCCCCAUGGAGGUGUACCGAUCCGAAAUGCUGAGGCUUUGCAGGGUUUGCAUCCGACGGCAUCCGUGAAACCGGAAGAUGAACAUGCCCCUCCCCAUGGAGGUGUACCGAUCCCAGGCGCUGAGUCUUUGCCCAAUACAUCCGCCGUAGGUCCACAGGGUUUGCAUCACGCGGCAUCCGUGAAACCUAAAGAUGAGCAUGCCCCUCCCGAAGGAGGUGUACCGAUCUCGAGUGCAGAGUCCUUGCUCAAUGCAUCCGCCGUAGGUCCACAUGGUUUGCAUCUGGCCGAAUCUGUGAAACCGGAAGAUGACCAUGCCCCUCCCCAUGGAGGUGAACCGUUCCGAAAUGCUGAGGCGUUGCUCAUUGCAACCACAGUAGGACAGGGUUUGCAUCUGACAGCGUCUGUGAAACCUGAAGAUGAGCAUGCCCCUCCCGAUGGAGGUGUAUCGAUCCGCAGUGCUGAAACAUUGCACAGUACACCUACCGCUGGUCCACAGGGUUUGCAUCCGACAGCAUCCGUGAAAUCUCAAGAUGAGCAUGCCCCUCCCUAUGGAGGUGUACCAACCGGAAAUGCUGAGCCUUUGCUCAAUGCAUCCGCCGUAGGUCCACAGGCAUCCGGUGUGAAUGAAGGUGACCGGGCCCCAUCUGAGGUUGCGGUGCCUAACACGUCGCCAUACAGUGAUGAGUACCCAGCAUCCGUCCGAGUUGCACGUGAUAACAAAGAUGACCCAAUGAAUGGAAUGCACGGACACGAAGGCCCUCCCACCAAGCGCAUGAAAGGAAGUCAAACACAUUGGGUCGCUUUGUCGGAAGAAACAUGGGGAUUCGCACUGUUCCCGGAAGUUGCACGUCCAUUUGAGCGAGUUGAUCCUUCUGAUCCUGAUUUUGGGGCGUUGGCAUUGACAUCACUGCAGCAUUGCCCCGACAUGAAGGAAACAAUUUCCAAGUGGAUGAUGCAUGCAGUGAUUAUCACUGGUGUUGAUCGGCUUUGGCCAACCACACGUGUUGCUACCAUUGUUGAUUGCGAUAAUCAAUGGAUCAAGGUAGGCCCGGUGAAAUCAUCAUCCACAGUGCUAGAAAUUCUCAGAAGUGUCCUGCCUCAUGCAACCACGUCUGAUUUUGCACAGGUGACUGUUGAUGGAGCCAAGGUGCCCGCAAUGUCUAUCCCACCGGGAGUUGACCGAAUUCAGGUUCAGUUCAUCCCUGUCUAUUACAAGGCGUCUAUCAGCAUGGAUACUGGUGAAGAAAUCAGCAUGCCUGUCUGUGUCACAACCACUGUCAAUGACAUUUUGGCACAGUUGCAAACGCUCCGAGUGGUGCAUAUGUCAUGCGUUCAAGUGAUCCAGCAUGAAAACAUCAUUGGAUCUACUGACUAUGUAAUGAAUGGGAGUUCUCUCAAGUUUGAGGUCCUGAGAAAGGCUGAGGUAUUCCUGCCUGCCAAAUUGCCUGAAGUUGCGUUGCCGGUAGGGUUGCUAGAGCCGCCUGCUCAUGCUGACAUUGCCAGGUCGUGCAAUCAUCCUUGCAUCCGGUUGGCCAUACGGGACCCAAAGUGGUCUACAGUUAGAACCAUCGCAGUGACACGUGACACCACCAUUGCAAUGGCAUUAUCAAAACUCAUGCCUGAGGAGUUCAGAGACUCCUGCGUCCAGAUAGCUGAACCACGACGUAUUCUCCUAGGUAGCAUGCCAGUGUAUGUUCUCUUGGGUCUCACCAACGUCGAAGUUCAACUGCAACGAAAACAUGAUAUUCCCGUGGCCACGCUGUUGGCCUUCCCUGCAACGGCAUUCGAGGAUCAGUUCCAGCUGGGAGUUGGACAGGAAAUCCCUGAUGAGUUCAAGAUCAAAAGAUGGAUUAGGUCACCCUUCCAGGUCAAAGCGUAUGAAAAAAACAUGCAGUCUUCCUCCACAUUGAUGGAAGUUGCAGCAAGAUUUUUUGCCCACUGCAGGUCAAACCAGACCUUGAUGGUGCUGAUCAACGGCCGCAUCAUUGAUCCCCGGCUUCGAGUUGCUGAAACCGCGUCCAGUGAUGUAAUCAACGUCCGAUCAUGCCCAUUAGCUGGAGGAACAAAGAACCAAGACGUGAAAAACAUGAUCAAUCAUCAGCUGAAGAGCCGAGGUGUCAAAGACUCUGAAUUGAAAGCCAGGUCUGAGAUGUUCAUUGCCAAAGCCACACCUGAGGCUCUUAGAGCCUUCAUUCCAGAGCCAUACCAACAGCAAUGGAGCAGCAUCAAGAGCCUGGCAAACAGCCUGCAGGUGCGCCUUGUCACAUCAGAAGAACUCAAGAAGUUCCAGCAAGACAAAAAAGAUGCCAAGAAAAGUGAAACAGCUUCCACAGCAAGCACGUCAAAAUCCGAUUCCAACGCCUCCUUGCGAAAGUUGAUUGACAUGCAGGAUAUCACAGUUGAUAUGUCCUUCCUUCAUGCAGAGGGUCAGGAGGUGCAUCCUUUGCCCGCCAGUGCAUUUGGUGCCGACAAGACAGGAGUUGCUGUGAUGCAUAUGUCCCAAGCCAGUGCAUAUUGCCCAGAAGCCAAGUUGUCUCCCGAACCAUUGGCAAUCGUGGCUAUUGGCUCCAAGCCUAUUGAAGGAAAGGAAAUCCAAAUGUUCCCUGCUCGCAACGGCAAAGGGGACCCAAUUCUCAUCCCAGGAUGUCUCUUCAAUUUUGGGGAGCCGGCGAUCUCCACCAAGGAUUCGGUGGCCAAUGUUGAACUUGAAGUUCAAGAUGCGAUUGUUAUUGAAUUCUGGAUUCAGCGUGCGGAAUGCAAGCUGUGGACUGAUGUCAAAACACCAUUGCUGUAUCUGGGUCAGACCAUCAAGGAUUUGAAGAACACUCAGAUCAUCGCAUCCUGGGCCAUCAAGUUCUACACAGGCCCUCGUGCAGUGGCCACCCACGCAGAUGCAAAGUAUGCCCAUGGAUUCAUCCGUGUUCUUGCAGAACAUGUUGACCAAGUCCUGGUGAAAUCCGGCCGUGAUGGUGUGUAUCUUGUGCCAAAAGGUGAUGAUCGUCGACCUCAUCAGGCUUUCACAAUCAUUCAGGUACCAAACAAAAGCUUAGAAGAACUGUUGGCCAUGGCUCAAAGAACACCAAAUGUCCUUGGUCUCGUGGACACCAAUUCGGGUCUCAUGCUGCGCUGCAGGCGCGAACAUUACAAUAAGGUCCGAGGUGCUGUUUUCCCUGAAAGCCCGUUGCCUGAGCAAGGUAACUAUGAGCCAGGAGAUGAACUUUGGACGUUGCGUCAUUUGGUAGCCCACACGACAGCUAGCAGCCUCACCCAAGCCCUCAAGUCACUUGGGUGGACAUCCGCAAAGGCACUCAAGCCUGUUGGGCCUAAUGCCUGGUCAAUUGCCGCGCGUGGAAGCCCACCAGCCAUGCAUGUAAAAUUGAAUGGAUCGUUUGUGGUCAUUACUCCAGUGUCCAAAACCAAGACAGGCGUCUCAGCCCAGGCCUUGCCAGUUCCGCUGAGUGCGCAAUUGUCAGGUGCAGGUGGAACACCUGUUGUGAAUCAAUCACCGCCGUCCAGAUUCAAUGAGCUCAAAUCGGAACUCAAAACACACAUUGAGUCGUUGAUUGAGGAUAAGUUGACCGAAACCAGGUCCAAUCUCCAAAAAUUGAAUGCCAAGGUUGAGACCACGUGUAGCAAUGUUGCAGCCCUGCAAAAAGCGCAAUCGGAGACUGACGGCAAGAUCGGAAGCUUAGAGAAAACAGUCCAUGAAAGCCAUCAAUCGGUAGUUGGUUCAAUGUCACAGAUGUUCCAGAAGCUUGAAGCCUCCAUGAACGACCGAUUCAACAAGAUGGAAUCGCAUGAGUCCAAGGAGCCCAAAAGACAGAAAGUCAAUGAGUGA